ACUUGAAGCCUCUUUCUCUGAGUUAAUAAACAUUUUUUGGUUGCCAUAUUUUUGUCAAAAUUCUCUGUUGCUGCACCGAUCAGCAAUGUGCCUGCGCUGUCCCGCCUAUUUGUGGAGUCUCGUGACGAUCCAGCAGCCACUGGCACGAUCACCAACGGCAAGCCAAAGCCUUCGCUGCUAUGGCAAGGAUGGUGGCGGCAGCUGUGGCUGUGGAUGCCGCGAUGAUGGCGGCAACUGCAACUGCGGUGUCGAGUGUCCAUGCCAGGAGCUUGGUCGUCUUGGCCCCAGUCCCCGAAAUAAGCGCGAUUUGCCAAUGGGCUGUACGCCGCAAGUAUUACUAACAAAGGCAUUCACACUGCCCGCCUAUAUGCCAGCGUCGCUGUUCAGGAUAGUGGCAGAGGACGAGCUACCGGGUCCCAGGACCUGCAGCAAUCAGGAGUACUUCAGCUAUCAUCGCUACUCGUACUACGACUUAAAAACAGUCGUCGGAAUGCUGAAACGGAAGGCAAGCACAGAUUGCAAAUAAGCCCGAGCUGCUGCCUUCCCCCCCAUCAACCCCGCUCCAGCUACAGCUCCAGUUCCACUUCCAGUUCCGAUGCUGGCGCAUUAUGACACUAAUCGUAUUAGUGGGGGGUGGUCGGUCGUUGGUUAGAGACGUAAAGGGCCAUGUAGGUCCUUGUUUUUGGAAUUGCAGAGGCAAACUAACGACCAGCAGCCCCCAAAUGCCAUUUCCGCACAAUGUGCUCUGCACACUUUGGGACCGACAUUCAAUGCUGGGCCUGGGCCCCUUGUUUCCGGCUUACGUGAGACAUUCUUCGUACAGGUGACAUAAUGAUCCGGACUCGCAAUCGGCCAUCGCUUCGCAGUUGUAAUUAGAGGGAAGCGAGGAGCAGCGGCUGAACCUCAUGGAUGCGAGCGAUGUGCUGUUGCCUCGUUCCGGUGGCAACUUGGUAAUUUAGCAAAUCGGUUUAGCAAGUCAUCGGGAAAACGCGUGGGCAACAGCAACAACAGCAGCAGCAGCAGCAGCAGCAACAGCAGGAACAACGUUCCUUGACAACCUGCCUUAUUAAAUUUACUGACGGCAUUAGCCUCUUACUCU